AUAGAAAAACUGGAAAAAAGAACUUCAAGAGCCAUUGGUGAGAUUAUUAGGGAGAGACUGAAAGGAGUGGAUCUAGCAGAUGCAGUUGCUGCCGGAGCCUCUCAUGCUGCCGCGUCACAAGAAGACGAUUAAUUAUCACAAUAAAUGAUAAACUUAACAUUCUGUACAUACAUUCUUUUCAUUUCAGAUCAGAAUGGGGUCAGAUUUUAAUCUGAACGCCUUUUUAGAAGAGAUGAAGGCCUGUAAACCACCCUACAGGUGUCCGUUUGAGCACUGCGGUAAGGUUUACAAAUCCUCCUCAGGAAUUAUUGCUCACAUACAUCAGUGUAUAUCUGACAAGGAACGAGAAGCAGAAGAUGAAGGAAAGGAUUCUAUUCCAAGACCUUUCUUUGGUUCCCCUCAAAAGGAUAGCCUGGUAUACACUGAGUCUGAGAAGAUGGUUGAGUUUGAAGCAGAUGGCAGGUUUCACAAGUUCAGCAUAUACGAUGCAUUACAGCUUGUCACCAAGGAGGACUACGAGGCUAGUUUACCCCCUGAUAUGAAGGAGAAAAUGGUUAAAAAAGAAGAAGAAGUUGCGAGUACCCCAGUCAGUAACAAGAACUCGCAUAAAAAACGAGGAAAAGCUCCCAGAUUUUCAACACCAAAGAAUCCUAAUCUGAUGCCACGUAAUCUUGAGAAGACGAUGGAUAAAGAUGAAAACAAAGAUAUUCAGCCAAUAGAUAAAAAGAUGUUGAAACUGCCUGAAGCCCAGUAUCGCGAGAUUUCCAACUACGCUCUUAAACCUGCGGAUUCUAUGCCGGAGAAAUAUUUCAAGUUCGAGGAGAAAACUCUAGAGGAACUAGACAAGGAGGUUGAGUAUGAUAUGGAUGAAGAAGAUGUUGCCUGGCUAAAACUUAUGAAUACACGAAGAAAAGAGGAUAAUCUUGUUGGUAUAAGUGAGGAUCAGUUUGAACUCCUGAUGGAUCGACUAGAGAAGGAAUCCUAUUUUCAGGUUGCGUCCUCAGGAGGUUCCCAGAACUACACGGCUCCUGUUGAUGAGGACGCUAUCUGCUGUGUUUGUAUGGAUGGGGAGGCAACAAAUACAAAUGUUAUUCUAUUCUGUGAUCUGUGUAAUCUCGCCGUACACCAGGAAUGCUACGGAGUUCCCUAUAUACCUGAAGGACAAUGGUUGUGUCGAAGAUGCCUGCAGUCUCCAAGUUGUAGUGUGGAGUGCUGCUUAUGUCCAAAUAAGGGUGGAGCCUUCAAACAGACGGACGAUGGACGGUGGGCUCAUGUAGUGUGCGCUCUAUGGAUUCCUGAAGUUAGAUUUGCUAACACUGUAUUCCUUGAACCUAUUGAUAGUAUAGCAAAUAUACCCUCAGCUAGAUGGAAGCUACCCUGUCGUGUGUGUAGACCGAAAGGAACUGUAGGAGCUUGUAUACAGUGUCAUAAGAAUUCAUGUUUUGCUGCCUUUCAUGUCACCUGCGGUUUACUGGCAGGUCUACAUAUGAAGAUGGAGACUGUACAUGAGUCUGGUCCAGGAGGUACAAGCAUAACAGUUCGUAAAAGUGCAUUCUGUGAACAGCACACCCCGGCAGAUAGUGAUGCAAAACCAAGGUUGGAUGAUGUUGCAGCCCUUGGUAUAGUAACAUCUAAGAAUAAAAAAUCUCCAAAGAAAUCAGUUGAUGAUCAUCCUCUUCCAAUUUUAUUCAGAGGAUUAAUGAACUUCAGUCCUCAGUGCCCCUGGGAUAAGGUUCAGAAAAUAGCUUCCCUAGUAGAUAUUCAGAAGAAAAACCAGUUUAUUCAACGGUUAAUGGCGUACUGGACACUCAAGCGUCAAACUAGAAAUGGAGUUCCUCUUAUCAGACGGCUACAGUUUGCUAAGUGUGAGAAGAAUAUGAUCGAGACUCCACAAAAGAAUUCUCAAUCACAGCGAGGAGACCGGAUUAAGGAGUUAGAAUCAGAAAACGAACAAUUGUCUCCUGUUAGGAAGGAGAAAAAGAAGAAGGAAAAGAAGAAGGUGAAGGAAGAGAAUGAGACGGAGAAGACGGGAAAGGGUGAUAAAACUGAGAAGGCUGAAAAGGUGGAAAAGACCGUGUUGACGAUAGCGGAGAAGGCGGCGGAAGAUUUCAAGAAGAUGACGGAUGAGAGAAGGAAGAUGAGAAGAUUAAGACAGGAUCUUGAAAGAGUUAGAUUACUUUGUGAACUAAUAAGAAAGAGAGAGCAAAGAAAACGGGAAGGUGUUCUUCUUGAUGCUGAUAUCAAAGUUUUAGAAUUGGAUCCGUUCAACUACUUCCUGGGUCGGAUAAUAGAUAUUCUACAAGAACAGGAUACACAGGAUAUAUUCGGGGACCCAGUUGACCCAGCAGAGGUCCCUGAUUACCUAGACCUCAUCAAGAAACCAAUGGACUUCUCUACAAUGAGGAAAAAGGUUGCAGACUUCAAAUACGACUCUUUCGGUGAGUGCGAGAUAGUAAUAACUAAAUUAAUGUUUUUGGAAAACCUUCCCCCAGGCUCUCUCUUGAGAAAUAUUCGUUCCAGUUUGUUCAUGUUAAAAUGUUCAGUUUAUGAUAUAAUAUUUAGACAGCUAAGAAGACAAGUUGAACAGAUUAGACAGAUGGGGACAGAUAAUCCUUCCAACCCACAGGAACAGGAGGAGUUGUCUGAUUUGAAGUUGAUGAAGGAGGUGGACACCUUCCUGAACGACGAGGGGAGGGAGAAGAUGAACAAGAAGGAACACCUGGAGAAGUUGUUGGUCUGUAGUGACAAGGUUCAACAGAUUCACCACCCGGCUGCAAAGAAAAAGAGAAUACAGAUUGUGAAUUCUGAAAUCCGUAAACUGAGACGCAAAAUCAGUUUGGAGGAUAAGAACACAGAGGAGACUGCAGAGGAGAAGGGAGGCAAGAAAUCCACUAAACCUCUCGGGAAGGGAAGGAAAAGGAAACGAAGCGUAGCCGAGGAGGAAGAGGAAGAGAAGGAGGAGAAGAAAGAAGAGGAGGAAGAGGAAAAGAAAAAAAACGGGAAAGCUGUUGCGGGUGUCAACCGGAGAAAUGCGGUUCUAUUCACACGGAAGAAAGCAGCUACGGAGGAUAAGACGGAUAAGAAGGACAAAGACAGGGUGGAGAGCGAGGACGAGGAUGGAAAAAAGAAAAAGACUGAGGCGGAAGAGCCGGAUACUUUUGAGUUCCAUGAACCGGAAACUCCUCGUGAAGGGUACAAAGGGCGGAAGACAAGGAAGGGUCGGGAGCUGGAGAAAUCUAUUCUUGAAGCUAAGGCGGAGAGGUUUGUUGGAGGACCUAAGAUCCACGAGGAAAUGUUUAAAACCUACAGACAGGGAGGAGGAGUAGAUACAGAUACAGACACAGGUGCCGAAUCUACCAACGAUAACAAUACUACAGAUGACUCUGAGGAUUCUAGUGAUUCAGGAGAUGACUCUUAUUACGGAGCCGGAGCUCUGAAUAUACCUCUUGAACCUCUGGACCUAGUGUGGGCUAAGUGUCGAGGAUAUCCCUGGUAUCCUGCUCUCAUUAUUAAUCCUAAAAUGCCAAGAACAGGAUAUUUCCACAACGGAGUUCCUAUACCAGUACCUCCGGUAGAGGUUCUCAACCUAGCGGAGACUCAUACUAAACCUCAUUACCUCAUUUUAUUCUUUGAUACUAAGCGAACAUGGCAGUGGUUACCAAGAGAUAAACUUGAACCCCUGGGAGUGGAUACAGAGCUAGAUAAAUGCAAACUAGUUCAGAGCAGGAAACCAAGUGAGAAGAAAGCUGUCAAGAAAGCAUAUGAAGAAGCAAUCCUUCAUAGAUGUCGUGUUACUGGAGAAACUGUUGAUCUGCAAUCAUGUCAAUACAAAGAUCAGGAGUCGGAGGAGAAAGAAGAAGAAGAGAAAACGACGGAGAAAUCAAAAAAGAAAAAAUAA